AUGGAAGACAAUGUAGAACUUAAUGAAAAUAGUUCCCAUGCUUCCUACCCAACACUUUCAACUUUUACACAAUCAAGCCCCAUUAGCAUUCCAAAUCCAACACGUCUUUCACGUCCUGCUUCUCCACAUCUUCAUCAUAUGUCAAAAAUCCAUAUACGUGGCACUCCUUCACCUCCUAUGGAAUCCUCUACUAGGUAUAACAUUUCGACAAAACAGCACACGCCAGAAAUUAUAGUCCCAAAAGAAGAUUCUUCUCCACCUGAAUCAAAAAGACGUAACUCGUCAUUUUAUCAAGAAUUAUCCAUUCGUCUAAACCAACCUGUAGGUAGUAUGUCCAUUUCACCAUCAAGUCGUGAUGUUGUACUGGCAGCUCGUAAAGGACUUUUUAUUAUUGAUCUCGAGAAUCCGUACGAACCUCCGCGUGAACUUCAUCAUUUAACCAAAUGGGAAGUAGCUGAUGUACAGUGGAACCCCCAUCAAUGCCGUAGUACUUGGGUUGCUUCUACGUCUAAUCAAAAAGGUCUUAUAUGGAAUUUAGCACUUCCAUCAUCCAAUGCCGUAGAACAUAUUCUUCAUGGUCAUAGCCGCGCUAUAAGCGAUAUUAAUUGGCACCCUUUGCAUCCUGAUGAGUUGGCCACGUGUUCUGUAGAUACUUAUGUACAUCUAUGGGACUUAAGAACACCGAAAAAACCAACAAUGUCAUUCUGUGCCUGGACUGCGGGUGCAACACAUGUCAAGUUCAAUAAAAAAAACGAGUAUCUAUUAGCUUCUGCUCAUGAUCGAGAUCUAUUAAUAUGGGAUACGAGAAAAGGAUCGCUUUCUAUAACUAAUAUCAGGGCACAUACAACUAAAAUCUAUGGAAUUGAUUGGAGUAGAAAGAGCUCGGACAAUAUAAUUACUUGUAGUCUGGAUAAAUCCGUGAAGUUCUGGAAUAUAAAUAAUGAUGUCUGUCAAGGUGUUAUAUAUACAAAUUCACCAGUUUGGCGUGCAAGGCAUACACCAGUCGGUAAUGGUAUUCUAACCAUGUCUCAGCGAUCAGAAACAAGUUUAUAUCUUUGGAAUCAGGAAAAUCCUCAAUUCCCUGUACAUGCUUUUGAAGGGCACAGUGAUGUAGUCAAAGAAUUUGUCUGGCGAAUUAAAAGCGAUGGUGACUCGAUUAUUGAUGAUAGAGAACUUCAAUUAAUUACGUGGUCUAAAGAUAAGCAUUUACGUCUAUGGCCGAUAAAUGAUGAACAAUUAAAGGCAAUUGGGCAUGAAAGAGGAAGGCCUAGAAGUCCAACAGACCAGCUUACAUCAACGGGACAUUCUACUUUCACAUUUCGGGACCCACCGCCAACUAAUAAUCAUUCAGCCUCACCUACUCUGUCAACAUCAGCAUCACAUUCCUCUCUUCGUGUUAUUCCAGGAAAUCGCAUGAACACAACUACCACUUUGCGUCCUUCCGGGGCUUCAACUGGAGGAGGAAAUAUUAAAAGUUAUAUGGGAGCCGCUGCUGGGAUGUAUAGAGCUGAGCGACAUUCUUUAUCACCUUUGUUGUGGAUGCAGAACGUGAGAAUGGUAAAACCUAGUGGAGAGAUUGGUAACGCUGAAGAUAUUCCAACAAAUAUGCAUGAGGAAUGGGCUACGGUUUCGAAAAAAUUUUCAAAUGUCAAAUUUGAAAAGCUUAAUGUGCAAGGAAGGAGUUGCACUAUAAGUUUACAUGGACCUUGGUCUGAUAGUGGGGUUGCGUUUAUACGCAUCAAUAUAACAUUUCCUUCGCAAUAUCCUGACAAGGUUGCUCCAAUUUUUGAUAUUCAAAAAACUGGGAUGAUCUCUAUAAUGAAUAGAACUCAUAUGUCACAAAUUUUAAACCGCAUAGCCAGUUCGCAUGUAUCCCAAAAAAGACCAUGCCUCGAAGCUUGUAUUCGUUAUUUACUUGGAGAACAUCCUGAUGAUGGUCAAGAACGAUAUGGGAGAGAUGAUUCGGAUGAUGAAAAUUACAUAAAUUCUACUAGAAGAACAUCUUAUGAUAAAAACUUGACCUACAUUCUUGGAGAUAAGGAUUAUGAUAAUAAUAUUCCUUUUCCAAAACUAUGUGGUGCAAAAUUUUGUGUUACAGGAAAGCUUGUAUGUUUUUUUUCAAGUUUACGAUCUCCUGACGCAAGUAAUCCUGUUACACCUGUUAGAUCAGGUGGUAAUUCUGGAACCAUUCGUGGGAAAACUAGUUAUAUAUAUACACAUCCUAGGUCAUAUGAUUCUUGGGAACAGUACAAAAUGAUUUCACGGUUACCAAGACCCGUUACACGCUAUGGAGCAGAUGGUGAUGAUUCAUCUUACGAAGUAGAUGAUGACCAAGAUGAUUUAUUACUGUAUUUCAAUCCAAAGAGUGGACUACGAAACAAUGCUCCAGAUUCAUCCACGUUAGCGGGGCAUGUUAUUCAUACUUACGAUUUUUCAGAAUGGAUGCCAGUUAAUCGAAAACUGGCAAUGGAAUAUAUUCUUCAUGGAGAUAAUCCGGUUGAGAUUUGUAAAUACAACGCUCAAGUAGCGGCAGACAACGAUCGACCAGAUUUGGAACAAGUCUGGUUACUUGCUUCUUUAAUACUAAGUCAAACUGUUUCAAAAAAAAAACUUAAGAAUUCCUUAGUUAGUGAUGAUAUUAUUCCAAUUGAACGAAUUUCAGGACCUUAUCAGAAAUCUGCAAAUAAAAGAAAGGAUAUUAGGAAUGAAUAUGAUUCAUUCAUGGAUGAAGCGGUUCACAAAUUUUUCGGAAGAUUGGAUUGGGGAUUCCAUCCAUUUGGAAAGGGUCUUGCAAUAGACAUGCUUAAUCACUUUGUUUCAAUAGGCGAUAUACAAACAGCAGCAAUUUUGUCAUGCGUUUUUAGACAACCUUUCCCUCCUCAUCGAAAAAUUAUCAAAGUAAAAGAAAUUCAACCUUUAAUCUCAUCAGAAUUAGAAAUUAAUAAUAUAUCCAGUAGCACGGAUUAUUUUAAUUAUUAUGCACGUUAUCCAGAAAAACAAAAUCCAUAUCAAAUUGGGUUUUCAUCAAAUUCUGGAGCAACAUUUGUCGAAUCAUUUAAUUCAUCAAAAAGUUCUUGGGGAAAUUAUAAUAAUCAACCAGAAGUGUUUGGUUAUAUUGCUAAUGCGGGUACUCCCCCGACCCCAUCCGGAUAUAUAUAUGGACAUUCCGAAGGUGCUGGUGGGCCUAUUAUGGUACCUUCAGCUAGUCAUACUUCACAUCAUCAAAGGAGGUCAACUUUUGGCGGUAUUUCGAAAGAAGCGAACUUUUUUUCUUCAAGUUUUAGUACUACUGCAUCACCACCAAAAACUCCAAAGAGAGAUAGUCCAGUCGCAAUUGGAUUCACCAGUCAUUUUGGAUGGGGAACUAUGGGAGUAAAUCAUGGAAAUGAAAGGCUUGUCGAAACUUCCUCGAAAAAGUCCAGCGAUCUAACAUUUAUUCCUUAUAAUCUUGAAGAAUUUGAUGAUGAAAGAAGGCCACUUCAAGUUGGUUUAUUAGAUGAUAAAAGAACAACAAAUGCAAGGCAUGAUCAAGUUCGUCUGGCUUAUGCAGAGAUAUUAUAUCAUUGGGGUUUAUUUGAAGCAAGGACAGAGGUUUUAAAAUUUAUGAGAUUUGUAAAGACAACGAUUGGUAGCCCUCUUGGGGAACAACAUGAACCUUUAGAAAUCGGCAUACAUUGUUUCCAGUGCGGUAUUGAACUUAAGGGUCAUUAUAAGUGUGGAAAUUGUCUGCGUAAGAGAGCUGGUAUAAAAUGUUCAAUCUGUCAUCAAACUAUUAGAGGGUUGUCAAAUUUUUGUUUAAUUUGUUCACAUGGCGGACAUACAAAGCAUCUUCGUGAGUGGUUUAAAGAAGGAAAUAAGGAAUGUCCGUCAGAAACAUUUCCACCCACGAUACCCGAUCGACCAUAUCCACUUCGAAUAAUUGAUUACUUUAUGUUAAACAAAAACACAUUCAUCGUCACCCCAUAUACAUUAUUUUAUUGUUAUGUUUAUGCCGGAUUUCUUGCUCAUAAUAUGGAUUACGCAUACAACAGAUUUCUUACGAUAGCCGCUUUAAUAUUAUGGUACAUACAAAAGAAUUCAUCCAACAAAAAUUCUUUAGAAAACUCCAAAAUUGAAUUAAUUAAUCAAUAUCUAACAUCUUUAUUAUUUGAUACACCACCAUUAUUUAAUCAACCUUAUCUUUCCAUUUCACCAUCAGAUUUAUGGGGAAGGAGAUGGCAUCAAAUCUUACGUGAAUGUUUUUUUGAAUUAGGUUAUUUACCAAUUCGUUCCUUAUUCCCCAAACAUCAAUUAUUAGGUCAUGACAUAGGAUUAAUUGCAAGUUUUACUUGUAGUGGAAUCUUUCAUGAAUAUUUAAUAACUACAUUAUUCGGAAGGUUAACUGGUGAACAUUUCACUUUUUUUGUGUUUCAUGGAGUAAUGGUAAUCAUUUGGGAAAUAAUUUGGUUACCAAUAUCAUCAAAAUAUAUCAAAUCUUUUAUGGAUAAGAGAUUGGUGAAGUCCGAACUAUUUGAAAGUGGAAAUCCAAAGAACAAAAAUAUUUUAGAAAAAGAUUUUGUAGAAUUUUAG